AUGAAAUUGGUUCUUGUGCAAGUUCUCGGCGAUGUCAGAACUCGAAGCAUUACUGCGAGGUCGAACACCGAAGCCUCUUCCGAUACCGACAAGGGUGCCAUUCUGAGCCCGGCAUGGCUCACCGCCACCAAGGCACAGAUCAAGCUGGCCUUGGCAACUGUACUGAAGCUCCGAACGCAUGGUUCGAAAGAUGUACGCGAAGCUUUGCUGACGCUAUGUCUGGGGCUUCUCGACGAAUGCCAUAUCUCGUUGGGAAACUGCUCUUCUGUCCUCGUAGAGACGGCCAUGGUUCUGUCACCAACCGACCAGACUUCAUCGAUUGCAGUGACGAGCUUGCACGACUUGGCAAUCAUCUACUCCGAGCUCGGCGAAACCGUCAAAGUCACAUGCUACAACUGGGUCACCAGCUUGCCUAGGAUCAUGCAGUCCGCCGACGAAGGCAAAAAACAGACGGCUGUCCAGAAUUUGAUGAGGGGUAUGUCCCUUGUGGGCAGCCUCCAGCUGGACUCGUCACUCUUGGAUGAGUCCAUAGCAGCAGCUCUGAGGGACAGCGUCACGUCUUUAGUGACUGGAGUCACGCCGGGGAAAGUGUCGGACCAAACGUCGACAGAUGCCUCAUGGUAUAGCCAAGAUGUGAUGCUGGCCGGCGAAACGUCGAGAAAAUACCAACACGUGUUGCUGGGCCAAGAGAGCCAGUUAGGUACAAGACUGGCUAUGCUCGACUUGCUUUCCAACGUAGGCCCAGCUUCACAACAAACCAAACUUGCUGCCGAGAUGUUGGAUUUUGCCAGAGAUUCGACCGGAGAGAUGCAAACAUCCUCCUUCUGGUUGAGCUUCGAACUUCUCAAGGCCGCAUUGUCUCGUUCCAGCGAUCUAGAGGACCUUCUGGAUUUCUCCUCGCUGGGCCCUGGUGGGGACGUUGCCGACUCAGUCUUCCAGGAGCUCUACUCGUUUGCCGUGGUACUUCUUGACUCUUACUCGGAGCUAUCCGAGAUCGACUGGAGGCUGGAGGCUACGGCACUCGAGGUCGCCUCAUUUGCCGCCUCUCGAUCCGGCGAAGCAUUCAGACCGGAACUCAUCGAUGUGUUGUAUCCGAUUACGACCUUUUUGGGUUCUUCAAACCUUCAACUGAGGGAGCAUGCCAUUACAACUCUGAAUAUCCUGGCUGCUUCCUGCGGGUACACGAGUGUCUCCGAACUGAUUAUCGAGAACGUCGACUACAUGAUCAACUCCAUCUCACUGCGCCUCAAUACCUUUGACAUAUCUCCAGCAUCCAUGAAGGUGUUGAUCAUGAUGACUCGGCUGACGGGACCGCGUCUGCUUCCUUAUCUGGAUGAUGUCGUGGCUUCAGUGUUUGCAGCCCUGGACAACUAUCACGGUUAUCCCAUGUUUGUGGAGAGUCUCUUCGCGGUUCUAAAGGAAAUUGUGAGCCAGGGUGCCAAGUCCGACAAACUUCUUCUGGAAGGCCGCCAGAACGGACCUGAGAGUCACAGAAAAGUAGCGAGCGGCUCGGUGGCAGUCGAAGACAUUGUACGGCUAUUGGAGAGGCGUCGGGAGAGAGAGGAUGCAGUCUCAGCUGCCGAUGCCAAUCUCGAAGAUGCCGGCGGUCACCCGCAAAUUCCUUGGGGUCCCGGCAAAGGCAAGGCCAAAGCGGGUCUUGAGGACGACGAAGGUGCAGCCGGCAACGAAGUCGACAAGGAGAGGCCAGCCAAGACACCGACGUAUACUCUCCUGGAAAGGAUCACGGGCCUGACGCAACAUUAUCUCACAUCGCCAAGCCCUACGUUACGGAAGUCCCUGCUCGACCUGCUGGUGACCGUUUCCCCAGCGCUUUCAGGGGACGAGGACUCAUUUCUGCCUUUGAUUAAUGCUGUUUGGCCAGUUGUUAUCAACAGGCUGUACGACGAGGAGGCCUUUGUUGCAAUUUCAGCAUGCGACGCUCUCUCCGCCCUUUGCGCCACAGCUGGCGACUUCUUGAGCUCCAGAAUCAAGACUGAAUGGUGGGAUGGACUUGGCAAGUGGUGUCGCACAAAAAAGCUGGAGGCCGAUCGCUCUCAGGGCCGGAGCAGAACACGUCAGGAAAGCAGCAAGGCAGGGUGGUCAAAAGCACCUACGAGUCAGGAAAUCGUUAUUCCUAUUCGGUCGGGGGGCGAUCUACUUGGUCGCCAAUCUGCAGAAAUGUCUAACAGCUCGUCCCCCGGCGGCCUGGGAAGGUUCGCUCAAGCAGCCCAAGUAUGGGAGGCCGUGACUCGUCUGCUGGUCGCCAUCGUUUCUCAUGUUCGACUCGAGUCCGAGGUAUUUCGCGAAAUUCUGGAGCUCUUGACCGAGAUCAUCAGUCAGAACGCUGAGGCACGCCAGGCGUUGGAGGCAGUCAAUGCCGAUGCAGUCUGGCUGGUCCUGUAUCAACGGGGACACGUUAAGCCUAUGAAGACGCCCAAACUUGAGGGCUACAAUUUCCCGCCAAUGACCGGACUGAGCUGA